AUGAAGCAAUCAUUACCGUUCCUGGGGGACCUUGGGGUCUUCUGUUUGCUGUUUGUUGUGGCAUUAUUGCCUGGUGAAAGUGCCGGUGAACUUAUAAAGUAUCCGAUCGAUGUGAACGACCACGCAGUCGAGUCGAUUUGUAUAGGUGUGAACGCCGGGAUCUUCCCGCAUCCAGAUGCGGCCCUCUGCCAUCUGUACAUCUCGUGCACAUUUGAGCAACCGAUCGUGUACCAGUGUGCUGCAGGACUCGUCUUUGAUCCGAGCUCGCUCCGUUGCAUUCCAGGCGAUCGGGACGAGUGCGCGGAACGGAAUGAACCGGAUUGGGAUGAAGUUUGCCGCGCUGUAUCUUAUGCGUUCUACGCCCACCCGAACGUAUGCUGGGACUUUGUAUUCUGCGUGUUCGGUUUGGCGAACCGAUUCUCGUGUCCAGUCGGUGAGAUAUGGUCCCAGAAGGAUGGUUCCUGUCUGCCCGGUAAUCGAGACACCUGUGAGGUGUUGGACAUUGGGAACGUGUGCCAGGGUCGUCCAGACGGUGUGUUGCCACAUCCAAUCGAUUGUACGAGGUACUUGCAGUGUACGAAUGGCGUUACGACAGUGCUUGAGUGUUUCCGCGGAGAAGUGUUCGAUCAGAGCCUGGGAAGAUGCACAGUGGGCAACACAGACACGUGUCAAUCGGCUGGAGACUUGUGCCGUGGAGUAGCGAACGAUCUUCGCCCACACCCGAACGAGUGUCAUCUGUUCGUUUUCUGUUCGCUGGGUGAAGCAUCGGUACUGGUGUGUCCACCGAAUGAAAUCUUCCGUCCUGACAUCAGAUUCUGCGUUCCGGGCGAUCGUGAUACGUGCGAGUACAGCAGUGUCGAGACCGCGUGUAUCGGACGACCACCGGGUGUAGUACCUCAUCCAACUUCAUGCGAACUUUACCUCUCCUGCAACAACGGUGUGUCGACUGUUAUGACUUGUCCUGCCGGAACCAUCUUCAAUCCGCAAACUGGAUCCUGUGCAACUGGCGAUCGUGAGACAUGUGUCGUUACCGAGGGUCUCUGUACACUGCAACCAGAAGGAACUGUUCUUGAGCAUCCGACCCGUUGUGGCAUGUUCAUUAUCUGCCGUGGAGGUAAUGCCGACGUGCUUCCUUGUCCACCGGGAGAGAUCCUGCGAGUAGAUGCACAGUUUUGUGUCCCAGGAAACCCCGAUACAUGUGAACGAUUCCCAAUCGAGACCAUGUGCGAUGGCCGGGACGGAGGACUAUUUUUGCCGCAUCCAACAGAUUGUGCGAGAUUCAUCUGGUGUCAGCAAGGAACGGCUAUGGAGAUGGGUUGCGAAACUGGCAACAUUUUCAGUGCUCCAGCUCAAUCGUGUAUACCGGGCAAUGUCAACACAUGCACACCGCUAACUGGUGUGUGUGCCAAUCAACCCGAUGGUACUGUGCUGCCCCACCCGGACCGCUGUGAUUUCUUCAUCUGGUGCACAGAAGGGCGACCGACGGUAAAUCCAUGUCCCAUUGGGGAGAUCCUGCGCCCGGACGUUCAGUUCUGUGUGCCUGGCAAUGCAGACACUUGCCAAUUUACACCGACCGAUCUGAUGUGUAUGGGACAGGCGGAUGGCAUACGUUUCCCACAUCCAUCUGACUGUGCACAGUUCUUGCAGUGUCAGGGCCAAAACGCGAUCUUGCACACCUGUCCGGUCGGUAGCAUUUACAACGCCCCAACUCGCAACUGUGUUCCUGGCAAUCAGGCCACCUGUGAACGGUUUAAUAACAUCUGUGUUGGACGUCCGGAUGGAACGAUUCCCCAUCCAACCAUUUGUACGGGUUACAUCUACUGUUCUUCAGGUGUAGCUUUCUUCGAACAGUGUGCCGCCGGAACUAUAUUCGAUGAAUCGCUCGGAGGCUGUGUUGUUGGCAAUACGAGAACAUGCGAACGCACGGAUGGAAUGUGUGUCGGACAGCCGGAUGGAACGAGACUGGCUCACCCAAGCGAUUGUGAUGUAUUCAUCGUAUGCGUGACCGGACAGACCGCUCCAAUAAGAUGUCCAGCGGGCGAAAUCUUCAAUGUAGCAGCGCAGAUUUGCGUCCCAGGCAAUAGGGACACCUGCCAAUUCCACCCAGUUGAAACCAUGUGUCAGGGAGUUCCAGAUGGAAACAUGUAUCCCCAUCCGAACGAUUGUGCUCAGUUUGUGGUGUGUAGUAAUGGGAUAGCAGUGGUAUCAGAGUGCGCAGUAGGCCAAAUUUAUCAUGCUCCAUCCGCAUCCUGUCGUCCGGGCAACACCAAUACCUGCGAGUUCCUAGGCAACGUGUGCCAGGGUUUACCAGAUGGUUGGGUGAUCGAGCAUCCAAGUCUUUGUGGACAUUUCAUCUGGUGUCAGGGAGAAAGUGUGCAAGUUCAUGCGUGCCCACCAGGAGAGAUCCUGCGCCCCGACGCUCAGUUCUGUGUGCCAGGAAAUCCAUCUACCUGUGCCUUUGAACCCGUUGAGCGAAUGUGUAUGGGUAUACCAGACGGAAAUGUUUAUCCACAUCCAACCGAUUGCCGACUAUUUGUACGGUGCGAAAAUUCGCAAGCAAUUGUAGAGACUUGCCGUCCAGGAACCAUCUUCCGUGCGACGAGCCGAACUUGUGUAGCUGGCAAUGGAAAUACCUGCUCGUUCCUCGAUGGCACCUGCGCUGGACGACCAGAUGGCGUUCUUCCACAUCCACAAGGCUGUGAGCUAUUCCUCUUGUGCACAUCGGGCACCACAUCGGCUCUUCGCUGUCCAGAAGGCGAGAUCUUGCAUCCAGAGUUCCUCGUUUGUGCAACGGGUAACGCAGACGACUGUACCUUGGCACCUGUAACCACCGAGCCACCCAUUAUCUCGGUGUGUGAAGGACGUCCUGAUGGAAAUUACACCCAUCCGCUGCUGUGUUAUCUGUUCAUUCGAUGCACUAACGGUGACACGGAGAUUUUGUCCUGUCCACCGAACCAGAUCUUUGUGGGCGCUAUUCGGGACUGUGCGCCGGGUAAUCAGGAGACAUGUAUACCGCUGUAA